AUGUCAACUCCCCUUCUUACCCCCCUCAACCUGACCCUCCUCGUCCUCAUCCUCACCCUCGCCUACCUGCGUCUGCGUCCACAAUCGCCGCCAUCACUUCCGCACGGCCCCCAACCCAUUGUGUUCAAGACGUUCACCCCGCGGACUCUCCUCAAGUACAACGGUACCGACAACUCCCCCGUUUACCUUGCCGUCCGCGGAAAGGUGUACGACGUCUCUUCCGGCCGCAAUUUCUACGGGCCGGGCGGUCCAUACGAGAACUUUGCGGGACGAGAUGCUACGAGGGGCUUGGCUUGUCAGAGCUUCGAUGAGGAAAUGUUAACUAAGGACCUGGAUGGACCGCUCGAUCCAUGUGACGACUUGACUUCAGAGCAGGUGGAUAAUUUGAAUGGAUGGAUUGAGAGAUUUGAUGAGAAGUAUUUGGUCGUAGGCAAGCUGCUACCUUUCCGGAAGACCGAUUUCCAUUGA